GGCCGCCUCCUCAACAUCAAGUUCAUGAGCAUUUUCAGGUUCAAGGUCUGGUGGACCACCCACUGGACCGGGACACGUGGCAGGGAUCUAGAGCACGAGACUCAGCUCUUGAUCCUCGACAAGUCUCCCUCGGGCCGCCCUUACGUCCUCUUCCUCCCUCUCAUCGAGGGCAGAUUUCGCGCCACUUUGCAGCCCGGCGACAACGACAACCUCGAUGUCCUCAUCGACGACGGAUGGCAGUCAAUCUGCUACGACGGCGAAGAUCCCGAUCAUGAAGGCAUGACCUUGACCACCGCCGGCGAGCAAAUGCCCUGCCGCCUCACGAAAUUCGAGGAGAAUUUCAAAUUCAAAGAGUACAAAAGCCCUAAAUUUGGUGAGGGUUUGGGCGCGUUUGUUAAGGAUUUGAAGGAAUCGUACCCGAGUAUUGAGCACGUGUACGUUUGGCAUGCGCUUUGUGGGUAUUGGGGUGGGCUGAGGCCCAAAACAGUGGGCUUGCCGGAGGCCCGCUUGAUUCGGCCUAGAUUGUCGCCGGGGCUGGAGAAGACGAUGCAGGAUUUGGCGGUGGAUAAGAUUGUGAGCAAUGGAGUUGGGCUUGUGGAGCCCACGAAGGCCCAUGAGCUUUAUGAGGGUUUGCAUUCGCACUUGGAGAAGGCGGGGAUCGAUGGAGUUAAGGUUGACGUCAUCCAAAUAUUGGAGAUGGUAAGCGAGGAGUACGGGGGCAGAGUGGAGCUCGCCAAGGCUUAUUACAAAGGCCUGACCGAAUCCGUGAGAAAGCACUUCAAGGGCAACGGAGUGAUCGCCAGCAUGGAGCACUGCAACGACUUCAUGUUCCUCGGCACCGAAGCCAUUUCGCUCGGCCGAGUCGGCGACGAUUUCUGGUGCACGGACCCAGCGGGGGACCGGAACGGGACGUUCUGGCUGCAGGGCAUGCCCCACCAUGGUGCACUGCCGCCUACACACAGCCUCUGCGAUGUCCAGGCUUCACCGCUUCCCGACUGCGGACAUGUUCCCAGUCCACCCCACCCCUGCGCUCAUUUCCACGCCGCCUCCCGCGCCUAUCUUGGUGGGCCCGUCUACGGUUUCAGCGUCGUCGGCGAUCACGACUUCGAGCUGCUGAGGAGGCUGGCGUUGCCCGACGGCACGAUACUGCGGUGCGAGGGCUGCGCGCUCCCGACGAGGGACUGCUUGUUCGAGGACCCGUUGCACGACGGCAGGACCAUGCUCAAGAUCUGGAACCUCAACAAGUACACUGGAGUGAUGGGAGCGUUCAACUGCCAAGGAGGAGGCUGGAACCGAGAAGCCCGAAGGAACAAAUGCGCCUCCGAAUACUCCCGCACCAUCACCGCAACAGCCAGACCAGCCGACAUCGAAUGGAACAAAUCCGGAACUACUCCAAUAACCCCGGUCCAAAACAGAAAUAACCUCUUCGCGGUCUACUCGUUCCGCGCCAAAACUCUGACCCUUCUAAAACCCGAAGAGGAGUUCGAAGUGACCCUCGAUCCGUUCAACUACGAGCUCUACGUAGUCUCGCCCGUCAGCAUCUUGGGAGAAUGUAACGUUCGAUUUGCUCCCGUAGGGCUAGCGAACAUGUUGAACACUGGUGGCGCGAUACAAUCCGUGCAGGUGGUUGAGGGUUUGAAGGUUAGGGUGUUGGUAAAGGGGGCAGGAGAGAUGAGGGUUUAUUCGUCGGAGAGGCCGAAGGGGUGCAGGAUUGACGGAGAGGAGGUGGGUUUUGUGUAUGAGCAGGAGAUGGUUGCGGUCGAAGUUGCGUGGUCUGGGUCUUCUUCCAAGACUUGUGUUGUAGAGUAUUUGUAUUGAGGAUUAUGCGUAGCGUGCAGUUAGGUAGAAGUUUGUGGGUUGUGAUGUAGUUGAUUAACUAAUAUUUUGUAGUGUGUUUUGGAUUAAGUGAAUGAAAACAAAUUAGGGGUUUUGACUUUAA